UGUAAUUUCCUCCUCUAAAAACCAGAGGGAGGGAGAGAAAGAGGGAGAGGUCCUCUGGUCCAGGAGUCUUAUUCUGUCUUUUUGUUGUCCUACGUUUUGUCCUUGCAACAUAAUCAGCUCCGAAACAUUACCAAUAGUUAGUCAGGCAUUAGUGGGGUUCCCCAGUCUCUCCUUUAUCCGAUUGUAGCCAUUGGGGCGGCAGAGUAGCCUAGUGAUUAGAGUGUUGGACUAGUAACCGGAAGUUUGCAAGUUCAAAUCCCCGAGCUGACAAAUCUGUCGUUCUGCCCCUGAACAGGUAGUUAACCCACUGCUCCUUGGCCGUCAUUGAAAAUAAAAAAUGUUCUUAACUGACUUGCCUAGUUAAAUAAAGGUAAAAUAAAUACAAAUUACACCCCUUGGUCUGAGUGAUGAAAGCACUUGUCUUUAAGUUUGUAGAUCAGUGGAAACGGGAGAGUAGAGAAUAGACGCACAAUGAGAUUUCUAUCGAAAGUAAAAGUAAAUCGAUGCCCUGGGUGCGACGCGAACAGACAGACGCACAACAAACGGCAACAAAGUCCACGGCUUAAUGCAUGGAUCAUAUAGUGGAUCAUAUAGUGGAAGCUGUUUCAUUUUAACCGAGGGGAUGGAGACUCUCGAUGCCCGCCAGACAGGUGCCAGGAUGCAGGAUAUGGAUAUCAUGGAUCUGCACCCCUCCCUCACACCUGAGGUUGAAGACCUUCUGCCAGAAUUAGACCUGGAUGGCAUUCUGGAACACGAGGAUUUUCCUUUUGACUUCAAUGAUGCGCUGUUUGACCUGGACUUUAAUGUGGACAUACAAACUGGUGAGGUUGCCAUACCGACAGCUGUGGCCGAGCCAGGCGACCAGAAACAGAACUGCAAGACACAGAGAGAGCUUGGUGACGGACAGAGGAAGAGAGAGACAGAGCCUGGUGACAGACAGAGGAAGAUGGCAUCGACAGAGGCUGGUGACGGAAGGAGGAAGAGGGGAUCGACAGAGCCUGUGGACAGAAGGAGGAAGAGGAGAGCGACAGAGCCUGUGGACGGAAGGAGGAAGAGGAGAGCGACAGAGCCUGUGGACGGAAGGAGGAAGAGGAGAGCGACAGAGCCUGUGGACGGACAGAGGAAGAUGGGAUCGACAGAGCCUGUGGACAGAAGGAGGAAGAGGAGAGCGACAGAGCCUGUGGACGGAAGGAGGAAGAGGAGAGCGACAGAGCCUGUGGACGGACAGAGGAAGAGAGAGACUCAGACAGACUCUCCCAUCAGAGGUUGUGCUGGUUCUCCUCCCCUCUCGGCCGUGACUCUCUCUCCUCCUCCUCCCAGACUUGUCCAGAUCGCUCCUUCUCUCCUUUACAUUCCUGGGUUUGGGACUGCUACUUUCGUCUCUUCGUGUAGCAAUGGCUCAGAGCUGCAGCUCGUACAAGCCCCUGUUUUCGGCUUCUCAAGACCUCCCACCUACAUACUGAUGUCUCCUCCCUCGCUGUCUCCUAGAACCCUCGACGUCCUACCUCUCUCUCCAGUUGACGGCGCGGUAGCUCCAGAUUCGAUGUGUUCGUAUCCUCCUGGGUCUCUGUCUGACUGUGCCAGCCAAGCCCUGUCUCCCCCCUCUGCCUCCCCCCUCUCCCCCAGGACAGAGGAGUACAUUCACCAAGCCAAGGCUCACCUGAGGGGAAUGUGCCAGGAGAUGGAGGCGGGCCUUAGCCUGGCGACCCACUAUGUUGACGUGCGAUUGGUCCAGAGGCAGAUCCUGAUUGGCUCAGGGAAGAACACCAGCAAGUGCCUGGAGAAAGAUUUGGUCGUUAUCGGAGACGCGGAGAGGAGGCGGGGCUCGUUGGCCAGGAGUCAGGUGUUUGAGAGCUCCACCGGGGCGAAACCCAAACGUUCCAUCGUGUUGCUAGGCAACGCCGGCAUGGGUAAAAGCACGCUCAUCAAGAAGCUCUGCGUUGAUUGGUCCGACGGCCUCCUGCCACAGUUUGACUUUGUGUUCUUACUGGACGGUAAGGCUCUGACCCUCCCCCCUGAGCCAACCUAUAGCCUUCGGUCCCUCCUCCUACACCUCUCCUGUCCCCACCCACGGGAUGUCUUCAAUCAGGUCCUCUCUGCCCCGGAGCGUGUGCUGGUGAUAUUCGAUGGCUUCGAGGUGGUGCGUGACUUGGAGGGGCUGCUUCAGUUUCCAGCGGAUGACAGUAGGGAGAACUACAGCGUUAGACAGCUGUUCUCAGGUUUGCUCCAGGGGAAGCUCCUACCAGGCUGCUCACUGCUCCUCUCUGCCCGACCACAAGGCACCGUCAGUGGGCUGCUGAGACGGGCUGACAGCCUCCUGGAACUCUCUGGCUUCUCCCCUCCGGACAUAGAGAGAUACCUGGGACAAUACUUCUCUGGACAGUCGCUAGAGGCCCCAACCUCCGUCCCAGACUCAAUCCCAGUCCCAACCUCAGUCCUAGCACCAGUCCCAGUCCCAGUCCCAGUCCCAACCUCAGUCCCAGUCCCAACCUCAGUCCCAGUCCCAGUCCCACUCCCAGUCCCAACCUCAGUCCCAGUCCCAGUCUCACUCCCAGUCCCAACCUCAGUCCCAGUCCCAGUCCCAGUCCCAACCUCAGUCCCAGUCCCAGUCCCAACCCCAGUCCCAGUCCCAGUCCCAGUCCUAGCCCUCACCAGGCUCCACAGUCAGCCGUACCUUCUGUCUGUGUGUUGGAACCCAGCUCUGUGUCACAUGGUCUGUCUGCUUCUAGAACACUGGGAUGUUUCGGAGCCACUCCCCUCCACGCUGACGGGACUGUGUUACAGGGUGUUGCUCCUAAAGAUGGGACGACACGUCCUUAAACGCACACACUGUCAAUCCCUACCCCAAACUCAAACCCAGGCACACACUCACACCCUUAAACACAGUCAAAAACACGUCCUUAAACGUACACACUGUCAAUCUCUACCCCAAACUCAAACCCAGGCACACACUCACACCCUUAAACACAGUCAAAAAGACGUCCUUAAACACACAAGCAACUGGACACGAACACACAUCCGCACUCGCUCUCACACUCAAUCCCAAAAUCAAUUAGAAGACCAGAAGAGGACGAUAGAGAAGAGGGAGGAGGAAGAGAGAGAGAGGGAGGAGGGAGAGAAAGAGAGAGAGGAGAAGAGGGAGGAGGGAGAGGAAGAGAGAGAGGAGAAGAGGGAGGAGGAAGAGAGAGAGAGGGAGGAGGGAGAGGAAGAGAGAGAGGAGAAGAGGGAGGAGGAAGUGAGAGAGAGGGAGGGGGGAGAGAAAGAGAGAGAGAGGGAGGAGGGAGAGGAAGGGAGAGAGACGGAGGAGGGAGAGAAAGAGAGAGAGGAAGAGAACAGGUGUGUUCUGUCAGAGUUGAGCAGUCUGGCUUGGCAGGGGGUUAAAGGUCAUUCAUCUCUCCUGACUCUGGACAAUACCGUCUGUGUCAGGCUGCGGAUGUUUGGCCUGAGGACUGGACUGGUCCAUUCUCACUGGCUGAGGGGGGAGCAGGGCAGAGAUUGUGACGGUGGCGGUGGCGGCGUGAGUUCCGACAACAUCCUGUCCUGGGCCCACCCUUUCCUGCAAAGCUUCCUGGGCGGGGCCCACCUGUCCGUCUCCAGCUGUGUGUCUGACCGGGCUCUGCUGACCCAGAUACUACCACAGACUAUGACCGGAACCAGCACCAGUUUUCUAUUGAAACUCUGUCCAUAUGUCCCUCUCCCAGGGGAGCGACGGCCUCAGGGAGAGUGUCUGGACCUUGCUCAGCGAUUCGCCGUCGGGCUGCUUUUCCGGAACAAUGCAGAACUUCGGCACCUGGCCACCCUGGAUACCGACGCCAUGAAAGUGGUGGCGGCCAAGCGAGCCGCUGUGACAUCACACCUGGAGAACCUUCGCCAUGGCGACCUGAGCCCCGCUCGGCUCCUGGCGUGUCACUGUGUUUACGAGACGGGCGACGUCCUCCUGGUCAGGCACCUGGUACGGAACCUUCCCGAGGUCCUGUCGUUCCAAGGGGUCCCGCUGUGCCCCGCCGACGCCUUCGUAGUGUGGAACCUUUUGGACCAGUGUAGAACGCUGAGGAGGAGGUUCUGUCUGGGGCUGGAGGACACAGGACUGAGGAUGACAGGAUUAAAACUACUGACGGGUCUCAACAACAUACACUCAUACAGGGCGAGUAUCGCUGACACCAUCACUCUGUGGGAGGAGCUAGAGCAGAGUGGGGAGGAGGAGCUUCUGAAAGCGGCGGUGUCCAAGUUGACCCUUAACCCUUUCAGAGCCACACAGGUGUCCCACGUCCAACACCUGUCCACACUGGUCAACAUACACACAAGCAGGAGACUGUCUGAGAGCCAAUCAGAUGGUGUCCUGGGGGAGGGUCUUCCUGCAGUCAGAGAUCUUCACAAGCUGGAGUUUGAGUUGGGGCCAGUGAAUGGUCCUCUGGCGCUCCCUAAACUCCUGGAGCUGCUGCCAGCCCUGCACAGUCUACAUCACCUGGAUCUGGAGAACAGUAAACUGGGGGACAGUGGGGCUGAGGGUCUGGCUGGAGCUGUGCUGUCUCUCUCCUCUCUGCAGAUUAUCAAUCUCUCCCAGAACUGUAUAAAACACCAGGGAAUGGGAGUCUGGCUCCUGCUCUGUCUACCCUCCCCUCGCUGCACUGUCUCAGUCUGUAAUCUGAUGGUCUAA